ACGCUUCCUCAAAACUUGAGACAUCUGUGGCAUUGUGUUGUGUAACAAAACUGCACAUUUUAGAGUGGCCUGUUGCUGUCCCCAAGAACUUGAGCAGUACAAAUAUGAAUGCUCAUAAAACAUGUAAAAAAAAAUAUUUAAAAAAACAACUGACUUGGUGUAAUUACCAUGCUGUUUAAUCAGUUUCUUGAUAUGCCACACCUGUCAAGUGGAGGGAUUAUCUUGGCAAAGGAGAAAUGUUCACUAACAGGGAUGUAAACAAAUGUGUGCACAGAAUUUGAGGGAAAUAAGCCUUUUGUGCAUUUCGAAAAAUUCUGGGAUAUUUUAUUUCAGCUCAUGAAACAUGGGACCAACACUUGACAUGUUGCCUUUUUAUAUUUUUGUUCAGUAUAUUAAAAAAAGUCUUUGUCUGUUUAUCUUCUAUAUUUUGGAGUACACCUAGACACACGUUGCCCAUCCUGUUAAUGAGGUGUGAAAAGCCCAGAUGUAACAAUCUCCUUUCAUUCCUUCAUUAGAGAGAUCACAUGAAACUGAUAAUUGUUGUCGUGACCAUCUAAAGAGCCAUUUCCCACAAAAGAAAAUCGAAUUAUUUUUCAUUCUGUUACACAUUAUCCGUCUAUUUCACCUUAUUGGCACCUCGGUGACAACGAACGACGUCCUUCGGGUAAGUCACAUUUUAGCACUUGAGUUUUCUUUGAACUUUCGCUUCAGCUGUGAACUCAUAAACCACAGAGAGCUGAGUCCAUAUAAAACGGUUUCCCAAACCGCUUUUCAGAAUUUGCUCUCCACGGAGCUGCCCGAAUAGCCUAUCAUCGAGGUCACAGUAUGGAGAGCGUGUCUGAGGAUAUUGCUAACAUGGAUUGUGACAUUGAAGUUGUUACCUCAAAAAUGCUUUCUGAAUGGGAUUGGAAGACGCAGGAAAGGGCUUUUGGGAACGGGCAUGAUUCUCUUGAAUCCACAUCACCAGAAUCAUCAUUCGAUUCAAUGUGCUCUUCGCCCGAGAUGUCCUCAAGCUCAACUGGGCAUCAGAGCUUCGGAAAUGUAUCCUAUGGUUUAACAGGACACAGCCCAACCCCGUGCGCAACGUUGAAACAAAUCAAACCAAAGAUGUCGACCAAGAGACGCAUGAAGGCGAGCGAGAGGGAGAAGAUGCGAAUGAGGAGCCUAGCAGAAGCUUUGCACCAGCUCCGCGACUACUUGCCUCCAGAUUACAGUAAAAGGGGACAACCUCUGACCAAAAUUCAAACUCUUAAAUACACCAUUGAGUAUAUAAAUGAACUUUCGGACAUCCUCAACCACGCGUAAUGAUGUGCUGAAAGAUGGCCACGUUUUAAAUGAUGCGUAACGGGGCCAAACUAUUUGGUAUUAGGUGUGGACCAUUGUCAAACCUUUUGUGUUUGGAAAACUAUUUUUGGUUUGUUAAUUUUGAUAUUGGUGCAUUGUGGAUGAUAACUUAAUUUCUCAUAUUGUAUUUAGAAUUGUUCUGCCCCUCAUCUGAUGUAAAUAAUUGUUAUGUGGGGACUUGACUUGACCAUGUAAUUUUCUUGUAUGUGAAUAGGCUAUUCUUGUUUUACAUUAUUGACAUGGAUUAAACAAACAUUAU